AGGUUUUUAUUCUGCCCCACUCUUAUCAAAUGUAUUGAAGACGUUGAACAUAACAAAGAUUGGUCACCUCAUACGUCAGCGUUGGGGCUGUCAGACCUGUGGAUCUUUGAACUCAGGUUCUGUGUGUGUCUAUUGGAGAUUUAGCUCGGAUGUAAGAUGAUGAGUGAGGAGGAGGCGGAAGCCCAGCUCUCUGAGAUAGAGCUUCUAUCCAGCAUGUUCCCUACUGAAGAUGAAUUUGUUGUGACUGACCAGCUGGCUCUGGCUGAACUGAGAGAUUAUGCAGAGAAAAAGACAACAAAUAUACCAUCCUCCAAAAUUCAGUUCACAGUGAAUGUAGAACUGGAAAAUACCACUGCAGACAAGGAGGCCCUUUCCUUAUACUGUUCAUACCCUUUAAAUUACCCAGCUGUUCCACCAGAAAUUACAGUCAGAUCCCAUUUGCUGGGACGGCCACAGCAGGCUCAACUAAAUGCUGACCUGAACACAUACUUGAAGAGCAUUUGCAGUGGAGAUGUGUGCAUACUGAGUGCUACUGAGUGGGUGAAAGACCAUGCUUCUGCUUACAUGAUAAAAGUCUCUGCGCCUUCAGAAACUCAACCAGACAGAUGUACACCGAAAGAUGUCACAUUCACUAGAUUGUGGAUAUACAGUCACCAUAUAUAUAACAAAAAUAAAAGGAAACAUAUACUAGAAUGGUCUAAGGAGCUUGAACUUUCUGGAUUCAGCAUGCCAGGAAAGCCAGGAGUUGUUUGUGUAGAAGGACUGCAAGAUAACUGUGAAGAGUUCUGGGACAGAAUCCGAAAAUUAACAUGGAAAAGAAUUUUAAUUCGGCAUAGAGAAGACAUACCUAUGGCUUGUGCCGACAUGGAUAUAAGAAAAGAAAUACAAAAGCUAAGAAGAUUUCCUCCUUUGGAAGAAAAGGCUUUUGACGUUCAUGGUUCAAGGGGAAAUCACAUGGAUCUGGGUCAACUUUAUCAGUUCCUUAAUGAAAAGGGUUGUGGAAAUAUCUUCCAAAUGUAUUUUGGCAUUGAAGGACAAUAGAAACUAUAACAACUUCUUUAUUCUUUUUUUAACCAUUAAUCUUUUAUUUGUGCCUUUUAAAUUGUUCUCCAUAUAAAAGUAAUGGGAUAUACAUAUUAAAGGGACUUGAUACUUCCAAACUACUUAAAGGGAUAUUGAAGUAAAUUUUUUUCUUUAUUGCAUACAAAAGGACUUAUUUUAAACUGUAUUACAGCAUUUUUUAUGGAUGUUUCCUUGCUAUUUGAUGAUUAAAAAGUUGAUGAUGCUUCUUA